AUGUCUACCUCAAGCCCGCCUCCCUCGCCUUCCGCCACCACGACCCCCACUCCGAGCAGCUUCCACCAAGUAUGCAAGCGUUUCCAAUUCCCACCCACCACUGCACUCGCCCCGCAGCAACUACACAUCCUCCACAGCAUCCACAAACAUAUCCCGACAAUCAACCACAUGCGCCGCGGCUUCACCACCAUGUCCCGCGCCCCCACCAUCACCACCCCCACCCCCACCCCCACCUCCACCUCCGCAACACAUCCAUGCCUCGUCUGGGCGCGCACGCUGUCUAUCAGCCUCUCCAACAUCCUGAUCGCGCUAUGCAGCUUCUGUGUCUUCCGCGAAGACAAGACCGGCGGCGACGUGGACCUCCUCGUCGAGAUACUCGAGCCGGUGAGUGUGCGGCUGGACGCGGUGGCGAAGUCCUAUCAGCAGCUGCAGAUGGACCCCGCGGUGCUGAAUACGCAGAUGUAUAGCUUUGCGGUGGCGGGCGCGGAGGCGCAUCUUAGGACGGUUAUGAGGGUUGCGGGGUGUUGGUGGGAGGAUGCGUAUUUCGACAGCGUGGGGAGGAAGAGGAGGGGGGUAAAAGGGGAGGUGUCGGCGGAAGCGGAGAUAGAGGGGAGUGAGAUGGAGGGGAGUCUGCCGGAGGGCGGGAUAGUAAAGGGAGAGAGAGGGGAGAACGAUGAGAUCGUGGUGAGACAGGAGAGUGUUGUGUCUGAUGAUAGGACGAUAGUGGAGGACAGUGUGGUGUCUGAUGACAGGACGGUGACCGCGAGCAGCGUUGGGGCUCAGACUCGCGGUGGGAGCGUGUGGAGCGCUGCAGAGGGAACGGGGAGUGAAACUACUGCUUGCGAAGAACAUGUUCAGAAUGCCUCUUCUGCGGGUAGCAGUGCAGGAGGUCGACGCAGCGCAUCAACUACAGUCAGUGCAGAAAACACGCAAAACGUCUCCCGCAAACGGAAAUAUAGCACAGACCGCGAUACAGUCAGCAUGCCUGAAAGUAGUCCUGAACCUGACCGCGACACGGAUAGCUUUAAGACAGGUGGUGGAGAGACGGAUCGUGAUACCGAUAGUUGGAGGUUAGGAAGUGCAGUGCCUGAUGGGCCGUCGCUAGAGACGGAGACGGAGGCGGAGAUGGAGGAUGACCCGUGGAAUGAUGAGCUGUUUGCGUGUACUUCGAGCCCUGUGUGGUUUAUUUAG